CCAUAGAUAUUUUCUUUCAUCUUCCAUUUGCAACGUUGAAGCGGCAGAGAAGCUGAUAAGGCCCCUGCAAUGGAGACGCUCUCGGGGCUUAGAUGCUCCACCGCCGUCGCCCACUUCCCCUUCCCUCGCCGUUCUCGUACUUCUCGCCGCCAUAGAGAUGUCUUCUUGGUAACUAACCAGUCCGUCUCUUCGCUGAAAACAAGCGUUAGCCCAGAGAGCGAACUCCUAGAAGAGGAAGUUUUGAGGACAUUCUUGAAGGAUAGGAAGUUAACUGGAGAUUUCAUAUCAAAGGCUUCCGAUAUCAUCUGGCAGAGGGACGCUUUGAAACUUAUAAAUGAUGAUGCUUUGGAUCCUCAUGAUGAUUUUCAACAGCAAAAUUUGUCUCUGGAAAAUAAUGGCGGCUUCUUAAAACUGUCAAGGACCCAUAAAUGGGUAGUGGGUGACGAUUCUGCCCCAUUGAACAAGAAAACCGUAGCCAAGGCACUUCAAGAUGACAGAGAGAAGAGGAAGAAGCUAAACCUUCUGCAAUACGAAGCACUGAAGAGGGAAUUGACACUAUUAUCAGUUGGUAUUGGAACUGCGUGUUCUGGGUAUUGCUUGGUCGUCCUGUCUGUCCAGGCCGCUAUCAGUUAUGCUAUUGGAGUUCUUUUCAGCUGCUUGUACCUUCAGCUCUUGUGCCAACAUGCAGACAACUUAUCUAAGGAGAUGGUUCCUCGGAUCUUCAAACAGAAAAGGAGGAAGAAGAUCGGAAUAAGAAGCGAGGACCUGAGUGAUUUUCUGGAGAGAUCAAUUAAAGGCAGCGGCAUCGCUCUUUCGUCUCCAAGGCUUGUGAUUCCUGCUGCAAUAUACGGGCUGUGGGUGCUCUCCUAUCAAUAUAUUAAGUCUGACUUCUUUGAUUUUCAGCUUGUGCCAGCCAUGCUCGGGAUGUUCGUGUACAAAGCUGCGGCGCUUGUCCAAGUCUACAGAGAUAACGAGGACCUGAAGUUCAUCUUCCCAGAAAAUGAGGAAGGGUCAAGCUACUAACAUGAUGCUGCCUAGUACAUCAAUACGAGAUCAUCACUGCUGUCAUGUUUUGUUACUUCAGGGGGAACAGCUGAACACUCAUGAGUCUGCUUCAUUGCCACUUUUAGAUCAUGACCCGGUUCUUCAUCUAGUAUCAUGGAGAUCCACAUAUAUGCCGGGAGAAGCUCGUAGGGAAGAAGCGACUCGGAAUGAAUGGGAUAAGAUCUUCGAGCGGAUUGAAUAUUUCUGCUGUGAAGAUUGAGUGGGCAGAUUCGCUGCUUCCACCAUCUUUGAUGUAUUUCCAUUACGGGAAGGAGAUCAACAUAUGAGAUCUCCGUAAUGUAUCAUGUCUUGGUUUAAGAUUCUCCAGUAUAAAUUGAGAAUUUCAUCAUAUCCAAGUUACAAUUCAUUCAUGUUAAUAAGAUAUAUAUCAUACCAGAGCGAAAGCACUUCCAGGUC